AAGUGCGCGGUGAGAGUGAGAGCAGAGCAAAAACAGAGUACAUCAUCCUAUGGCCGGAAUUUCUUCAUUCUCCGCCGCCCACUUCCUCUUUCUGUUUCUCUUUGUCUUCUUCUCCUCCGCCGUAGUUUCAGAAGAUGAUUCCUUCGUAACAACUGUGGAAGUGGAGGACAAGAGGGUUUUGGGUCUGAAGAACGAGAAGCUGACACACUUUCGCGUGUACUGGCACGACGUUUUGGGCGGAAAAAACCCAACGGCAGUCCAGAUCGUAGCGCCGGCGCCGGCUUCAAACGCAUCGACGUCGUCGUUCGGUUUGGUCCGAAUGAUCGACAACCCAUUGACAGCGGGGCCGGAUCCGAGGUCGAAACUGUGGGGGAAAGCUCAAGGGUUGUACGCGGCGGCUUCCCAAGAGAAUCUGAGUUUUUUAAUGGCGAUGAAUUUCGCGUUCAUGAGUGGGAAGUACGGCGGAAGCUCCAUCACCAUCUUGGGAAGAAACCCAGUUGGGGAGAAAGUGAGAGAGAUGCCGGUGAUCGGAGGAAGCGGGGCUUUUAGAUUUGCGAGAGGGUAUGCUCGAGUCAGAACCCUUGUUAUAAAUCCGGUGGCAGCAGUGGUUGAGUAUAAUGUGUAUGUACUUCAUUAUUAAUGCCUUAUGCCUACAUAUGCUGCCAUUUCAGUUUAAUUUGGCUGCAGCCUGCUGUGUCUGCUAAAUCUAUAUAUAUGUUAUCAUGUUAUAAUAAGUAAUCUGUGUCUGCUAAAUCUAUGUCAUCUGUCACCGAAUAAUCCAAGAGCUUAUAUGUGUAUACAUGUUUGAUUUUACA